UAUGUUAGUAUCUCCAUCCAGACGAUUAGUCAAGAGAGACACCAAAUCAAUGAGACCUUCAAAGUUUUUGAAUGAAUUUGACAUAUCUUCAUUGUCUUAAUUAAUGACAGUGAAAAAGGAUGUCAAUGAGGGUUCAACCAGAAGCAUUGAGACCUUUGGAUCAUUGACUUUAGUAAAUGAAAUAUCAGAGAAUGGAAGCACUAUGUUUUUACCUGUUAUAGAAGAGAAAUCUAAAAUUCGAUUCAUUAAACCAAAACAAUCUAUUACCUAAAGAGAUGUAUUGAUACCUAAAUCUGAUUCUAUAUCACCUCUAACUAAAUCAGAUAUCCAUCUACCUUAAAUCAACUCAAUACCAACUUCUCCAACUAAGUUUUAAAAUCCAAACCAUAAAAGACAUUUGACUAAUGUAGAUGAACAACAUAAAAAAGUGGAGUUUAGAAAGUCAAUUUAAGUAAUUGAUUUUGUCAAUAAUAUUAUCACUAAAGAUGUGAUAGAUGGAAGUGUUAAACCAUUAAAAAAAAAAUUUUAGAGAUAACAAACAAAAAUGAUUAAGAAAGAAUGAAA